GGCCCCGCGGAGCCCGGGUGGAGCCGGGCUCGCUUCCGGCCGAGGACAAGGCGGCCACCGCGCCCCGGUGCAUAGGUUUCCUGCUGGCAGCGCGGCCCAGCGCCUCGGGUAGCUGCGGGUCCUCCAGCUGAGAUGCCUCGCCAAUUCCCCAAGUUGAACAUGUCCGAUUUGGACGAGCAUGUCCGGCUGUUGGCGGAGAAGGUGUUCGCUAAAGUUCUUCGAGAAGAGGACAGUAAAGAUGUCAUGUCCCUGUUCACUGUCCCUGAGGACUGUCCCAUCGGGCAGAAGGAAGCCAAGGAGAGGGAGCUACAGAAGGAGCUGGCGGAGCAGAAGUCUGUGGAAACAGCAAAGAGAAAGAAGAGUUUCAAGAUGAUCCGGUCACAGUCUCUGUCGCUGCAGAUGCCAACACAACCAGACUGGAAGGGCCCUCCAACUGUCAGUCCGGCCAUGUCUCCUGCAAGCCCUCUGGUCCCUGGAGCCACUUCCAAGCCUGGGCCAGUAUCCUAUGCCAUGCCUGAAUAUCAGCGGGUCACCAUCAGUGGAGAUUACUGUGCCGGGAUCACUGUGGAAGACUAUGAACAGGCUGCCAAGAGCCUGGCCAAAGCCCUCAAGAUCCGGGAGAAGUACGCACGGCUCGCCUACCACCGUUUCCCGCGUACCACAGCGCAGUGCCUGGCUCCUCAGGGAGAGAGUGUACCUUUGGAAGAAGGCCUUCCAGAUUUCCAUCCUCCCCCACUGCCCGAGGAAGACCCUUAUUGCUUGGAUGAUGCGCCCCCCAACCUGGGCUACCUGGUCCGCAUGCAGGGAGGCGUGCUCUUUGUGUAUGACAACCAGACGAUGCUGGAACGCCAGGAGCCCCACAGCCUGCCCUACCCUGACCUGGAGACCUACAUUGUGGACAUGAGCCAUAUUCUGGCACUCAUCACCGAUGGCCCCACGAAAACCUAUUGUCACCGGCGGCUGAACUUUCUGGAAUCCAAGUUUAGCCUUCAUGAGAUGUUAAAUGAAAUGUCGGAGUUCAAGGAGUUGAAGAGUAACCCCCACAGAGACUUCUAUAACGUGAGGAAGGUGGACACGCAUAUCCAUGCAGCGGCCUGCAUGAAUCAGAAGCACCUGCUGCGCUUCAUCAAGCACACGUAUCAGACAGAGCCGGACAGAACCGUGGCCGAGAAGCUAGGUCGGAAGAUCACCCUGCGGCAGGUGUUCGACAGCCUGCACAUGGACCCCUACGACCUCACCGUGGACUCGCUGGAUGUCCAUGCGGGCCGGCAGACAUUCCACCGCUUUGACAAGUUCAACUCCAAGUACAACCCCGUGGGGGCCAGUGAGCUUCGGGACCUGUAUUUGAAAACUGAAAACUACCUGGGAGGAGAGUACUUUGCUCGCAUGGUCAAGGAGGUGGCCCGGGAGCUGGAGGACAGCAAGUACCAGUACUCAGAACCGCGCCUCUCCAUCUAUGGUCGGAGUCCUAACGAGUGGUCUAGCCUGGCCCGCUGGUUCAUUCAGAAUAAGGUCUAUUCACCCAACAUGCGUUGGAUCAUCCAGGUGCCCCGGAUCUAUGACAUAUUUAGGUCAAAGAAAAUACUGCCAACCUUCGGGAAGAUGCUGGAAAACAUCUUCCUGCCCCUCUUCAAGGCUACCAUCAACCCCCAAGAUCACCGGGAGCUCCAUCUCUUCCUCAAAUACGUGACAGGCUUUGACAGUGUGGAUGAUGAGUCCAAGCACAGCGACCACAUGUUCUCGGACAGGAGCCCCAGCCCGGAGCUCUGGACCAGCGAGCAGAACCCUCCCUACAGCUACUACCUGUAUCAUAUGUACGCCAACAUUAUGGUGCUGAACAACCUCCGCAGGGAGCGAGGCCUAAGCACCUUCCUGUUCCGGCCUCACUGUGGGGAGGCAGGCUCCAUCACCCACCUCGUGUCUGCUUUCCUAACUGCAGACAACAUUUCCCACGGGCUGCUCCUCAAGAAGAGCCCUGUACUGCAGUAUCUCUACUACCUUGCGCAGAUCCCCAUUGCCAUGUCUCCUCUCAGCAACAACAGCCUGUUUCUGGAAUAUUCCAAGAACCCGCUUCGUGAAUUCCUGCACAAGGGACUUCAUGUCUCUCUCUCCACCGAUGAUCCCAUGCAGUUCCACUACACUAAGGAGGCACUCAUGGAGGAGUACGCCAUCGCAGCCCAAGUGUGGAAGCUGAGCACAUGCGACUUGUGUGAGAUCGCCAGGAACAGUGUUCUGCAGAGCGGCCUCUCACAUCAGGAAAAGCAGAAGUUUUUGGGACAGAAUUAUUACAAAGAAGGACCAGAGGGCAAUGAUAUCCGAAAGACAAAUGUUGCGCAGAUCCGGAUGGCAUUCCGCUAUGAGACCCUGUGCAAUGAGCUCAGCUUUCUCUCCGAUGCCUUGAAGUCAGAGGAGAUCACAGCCCUGACCAAAUAGGUCCAGCGCUCCACACGCUUUCACUUUUUGGUUUAACUUCAGGUCUGCUGGGGCUAAUGGUGGCCAAGCUCGCAAACUAGGUUUUCAUCUGUGAUGAGGACGCCUCUGAAGAAAUCUCAAACUCCUGAUUUUGACUGCACUUUAAGGACACACCCACUUCGUUAGCAUUUCUGAGCCAGAGGCUGGCUACCUCCCAUAAGGGGUCUUGAAGCUGGCACUUGUGUACACUUGUUCCUGAUUUUCCAUGUCUCUUGUAAUUGCUAGUGCUUAUAUGGUCGGGCCUGGGACAUUGCAAGGCCGAAUGCAAGAACUACAAAGGCCUGUGUGGUGUGCGUCACAGUCUUCUCAGCAGGCCCUGUGGGGGUAGUUCUCAUUUUUGUACCUGGCUGGCUGUCUGCCUUAAACCCCCUUCAAGCUCCCUUUCAUAAAGAGACUACUUUGAGAGAAAACAUGAGGCUCCCCUUUGACAAUGUGUGAUUUUAAAAAAUUAAUUUCUUACCCUGGUUAGCACCCUCCUCUUUUUUAGUUAGGGCCAUCCCUGCUGUUGUGUUAUUUUCCUCACCCAGGACUCAAUAAGUCUUCCCAGAUAGUCUGUGAAUCCGUCUCAUGCACCAGUCCAGGGCUGGGAAGAUGCAGAGCGAGGCUCUCAGGCUGUUGUCUUAGUUUCCUUUAGUGGAGGCCUUUGAAAAGCACAGGCCCUCUGUUCCUGUUGGCUCUAAUAUCCUAUGAGUUAGUUGUUACCACCUUGCCCUAGGAGUCAGAGCAGGGACUCCUGUGGGCAGUGCAAUGUGUUUAAGGACAGACUAGAAUCAGGUUCCCAAUCUAGUCUUUCCCCCACGCUUCCUUGAGGCUUCACAGAUUUUAGAUUUUUUUUUUUUCAACAAAAUCACUUUAAUGCAGUGCAUUUUAUUUUAAAGCACAGAUUUCUUCAGAAGCUAUCACAGUCCCAGAGACCAUGUAGAAAGUUUUUAAGAUUAAUGUGGCGUUAGCUUUAUCAAAUUACUCAUCUUUGUUACUAGUGCCUAGAACACAGUAGGUGCUCAAUAAAUACAUAUGAAAUAAUGACUUUCUCUUUUGACAUCUGUAUGUGCAGAAUACUCAACAAUGUGCAAAGAUCUUCCUAUCUAUUCACAAAGCAGGAAGGCUUUCUGAAUCACAGUUAGGUUGAGCCUAAACGUACCUUGAAGAUGCUCACUUAGUUCUAGAUUAUUUCAUCCUGUGACUCUGUCAUCUUUCUGGUGGUCAGCAUAGCGUAUGGAACCAUGUCAUUGUUUACUAGGCAAAUAUACAUACUGUCUUACAUGGUUGAUUAUGAAAUUGAGCAAAAACCUGCUGUUAUGAGGGAUUAUUUUUGAAAAGCCUCCAUUUGUAUACCUUUGCCCAAGCAUAGCACGUAUUGUACAGUUUUUCAUUGUUAUCAAAUACUUUUUUUUAUAAA